CGACUACGGGUUGAGUUCAUACACAAGGCUUCCGCUUCCUGGAACGUGGGCUCUCUUGGGUGGAGGAGUGUCCGAGGACCCUAAUGCUGCAUGUGUGAAGACAUGUCCUCCAGUUUGGAGCUCACCACCAGUAGCUGCUUGCACGGCAACGUGUACUUCAAAUCAGGUUUUGGUUGCAAUUCAAUAAUGGUGAGGCACUGACAUCCCCUGACUGACCCCCAAUACAGGAGUGGGACUCAAAGUCCAAAGGAUGACACUCAUCUGCACAAGGCUUGAGUGAGAAAUUUCUAUGACCUCGUUUGUCAGACCCGUUGAUGGAGACAGACCCACCCUAAGCACAUACCCUCAGAUAAGCAAACAACCCUCUGUCCUCUUUGAUAACACCAAGAAGCAAAAGUGUGCGUGGGGUGGGAUAUCACAGAGGGGGAAGAGUCCUGCGUGUCACAGGGUAGCUGGCUAACUCUGCAGGCUCUAGAGGAUCGAGGAUACUGGACUCUUUAUGAUCCCGUGCAAAGCUCAGGCUGAGCUGGAGGGCUAUCUCCGCUAUGAAUGAGGGACUACCCAAUUGCCUACCCCUGGAGAGAGAGGGAGAAGACACUCAGACUGGCACACAGAACGCUGGAGGUGGGGCUACUGAGACAGAGGCACAGGAGAGCCCCGGAAGCGACAAGCAAGUGAAUGGGGGAGAAACAUUCCAAACGCAAGAGUCAGCGGAUGGCAUUUUUUACAGGACGCCAACUGCGUCCCCCCUGCUGGAGAGGCCAGGGAGCCAGGAGAGAGGUGGCAGCCCUGCAAUCAGCUCCUGCGAGGGAGCAGGAGGUUUGGGGGCAGAGCCUGGGGAGGAGGGUGGUGAUGAGCCCCCUGUAGACUGGCUGGAACCUCUAGAGGAGGAUUAUGACGAUGAAGAUGAUGAAGAGGAGGACAGGCAUAGCUGGGAGCUGGACCUGCUGCCCACAGAGCACCUGUUGAAUGGCCACAGGGAGGCAGAGGUGGAGAGCCUGGCAGGAGAGAGCGAGAGGAGUGGGAGUGUGGCUGGGAGCGAGAGAAACGACAGGAAGAAGUCCAGCAGUGGUGGUGGCCAGGCUGCACCCAGACGCAGAAGGCGCCAGGCUGUGGUGGAUGAGGAGUGGGAAGAGUGGCCUAUCCUUGGACAGGGCUGGAAACGGAAAGAGGUGUUCCGCCGUUCAGGGUUCAGUGUGGGAAAGACUGACACCUACUACAUGAGUCCUGGUGGGGAUCGUUUGAGGAGUAAGAUUGAGCUUGCCAAACACCUGGCAGGCAUUAUCGAUGUGUCCACUUUUGACUUCAAGUCUGGGAUGUUCCUGGAUGAGAACACCUACAGAAAGAUGAGAAGGACGAGAAAGUACCGGAGGAAGGAGAAUUCUGUCUUCACAGACAGCAUUGUUCCUGUAGAACAGACAGUGGAGCCAGCCUCCACCCCUGACUCUCUACACAGUGCCCCCCAGAGGCAGCCCCCUGGCACGCCACGGUCUGGAGUCCCCCAGCAGAACAGCAACACGUCCUCCCCCUGCCCCCUCAGCACACCCUCUCGCCCAGCCUCCCCGGGUGAGGUUGGCACGCCCCCCCACCAGCCUGGGCACAUCUCCUCCCACAGCCCCAGGAGCCGGCCCCCCUCGGGGCUCAAUGCUGCUGUUGAGUCCCCCAGCAGGGACACCCAAGCCCCACUUCAGCCAUUUGAUCCCCUGCAAGCCUCUGUCGGCUUCACCUCGGCGCACAAGGGGGAUGCCCCAAAGCCUGGCCAGGCGUCCCGACAGCAGCCCUGCAGCAGGCUCUCCCCAAGCCCAGUGCCCAAUGGAUGCUCUGGCUGCGGGAGGCCCUAUGUAGGUGUGGAGGUCCGCAGGCCCGGCCACGCCUUCCUCUGCCCUGACUGCAAACCAGAAAAGAAAGGAGAGAGUAAUCGAAACAUCAUCUUCAGAAAGUGGUUACCCUGUGGUCGGUGCCGGGCCUGCCUGGUCACAGAGGACUGUGGAAUGUGUGCCAGCUGUCGGAGUGGCCUGCUGAACCACGACUCCUGCAAACCCGUUCGCUGCCGGAGGCGGAAGUGUCUGUGCCCCAUCCGAAAGAAAAUGGCCAAGAAAGGAACAGAGAAGACGGGGAAAACAGUCGUGAGUGUGGAGAACUCAGAGGGGCAGUUGUUGGAUGGCAGUGUGAUUUCUGCGAUGAAUAAAGUAAGGCAAUAUGCCACCCCCAAGCACAUUGAUUUCCAUGAGUUUACCAUGCAUCUGCAAGGCAAUGGUGAUGAUGAUCAUGACGACAACAAUGAUGAAGAUGACUGUGACUAUGACGACGACAAUGAUUUGGAGUGUGAGGAAAAGGGACGCAGCCGGCGUGCGUGCGGGAGGUGUAACGGCUGCCUCCACACCACCGACUGCGGCUCGUGUGACUUCUGUGUGGACAACCCAAAAUUUGGAGGCAGCAACAAGAAGAGGCAGAAAUGCCGCCUGAGGCAGUGCCAGAGGCAAGCCAUGAGACACUUGCUGCCUCUCCGGCUGGGUUGUCAUGAGGGCUGGGUUGGCGUGGGCCAGCCAAGGCCACACUACAGGUACAGUCGACGCAGGGCCGUCCCACAUGAAAGCCCUUGGGAUAACUGCCAGCUCUCUGAGGAUGAGGAUGAAGAAUGGUGUUCAGUAAGGCCAGGUGGUUUUGGGCUGGAGGAGGAAGCAGACACAGAUAGCCUUUCCUGGAUGUCACAGAGGGAUGUCUAUCUGAGCAGUGGCAAGCUGGACAAGGAAGUGUACAUCAGCAACUAUGAAUUCGCAAUUCAGAACUGUUCCAGAUCAGACAGCAAGAGAAUGGACAUUUGGAGAAAAGACAGGUUCCCUGCCAGAGUUUCUGAACCCAAUCAGCAUCUCCUUCCUCUUACUGACCCAGAUGCCCCAGGACUGCCAAUGGGACAGGGGACUUUGCCAGUGUCCUUCAGUAAAGCAGGAGAGAAGGGGGACCUAAAAGAGCAGGCUGGGGUGGACUUGGAUGAGGAUGUAGCGAUUGUGGAGGUGGACGCCGAAAAGUUGGACACGCAGGAAACCACACCUAUGAUAACGCAAAUCUUCAGCUUGGCGGACGGCGCACAGGCCCUCCCUCCAAGUGCGGAGCUGCAGCGGCUGCUGGACUCGCUGCGCAGGAUGGUGCUGCCGGCGCACUGGGUGGGGCUGCUGGCUGACGGGCCCUGCCUGCAGGUGGUACAGUGCUCCAAGCUGUCCACCAUGGCCGACACAGUGUUGCACAUCUACCCGGACCUGGGCUACCAGCUCAGCGUGCAGGGCCAGCCCCUGCUGUCCACGCACCCACUCUACCAGGCCCACCCCCCACGUCUGCUCUCUGUGCCCCACGUGGUGGCGCUGCUGCUGGACCUGGAGAGGCACGCUGUGUGCCGGGGCCUUCCCGAGCCCUCCCCCACGUCCCAGAACCACUGGCAGCCUGUCCACCCUAAGCGGGCUGCCACAUGCCACUUCCUGGUGCUAAAGGCGGUGGAGCGUUGCCACAGUUGCCGUGUGGCCCCACCCAUGCUGUGAGAUGGACACUCUGGUGCUGGGCGGGGUUUAGCCUGCAGCAGUGCUCCAGCUAACAUUCAGAACUGUCACUAGGAAGCAGGUGUGUUCUGGUAAAGACCAGCAAAGCCAGCCAGACCUGUGGUGAACUUGAAGUCAAUAUGUGGCUCAAGAGUAUAGGAAUGACCAGCCACCUGCUGUUAGUGUCGAUGACUAGGACAAUCCUGAGUACACUCUCUGAAAUUUGUUGGCCCUCAGGCCACCAGAUUGACUUGUUCUUGUGUGCUACAUUCUCCCCUGGUAAAGCUAACUGAAGAUGUGCUGCAUCAUAACAAUUAGCACCUUUUACAGAACAGUGUCAUUCUGUUAGCGCCUUUCGCAGGGCAGUGUCAUUCCAGGAAAGGAAAACCCCCCCAAGGACCCUUGUCCAAUCAUGUGGAAUCUGAAACUGCAGGAGAUACUCAAAAUUGGCAGAAUGUUAAUGAGAAGGUCCCUAAGAAUUAAUUUGGUUAAUGUGAAUAAAUUGCUAAAUUCCUGUAAGAAAAGAAGGAUGUCCACAAGAUUGCUCUCUCAGCUAUUUGGAAUGCGUUUUUUCUUUGAUCGAUUGCGCUCCAUUCAAAUAUUAAACUAAAUGCUUAACGAAAGUGAAGACACUCUACAGGCACUCUACAUGGCUUAAUUACACCUACACAGAAUUUUUGUUAUACAGAUUUGAUAUAUUUCUUUCUUUUGGGUUCUACCAUUAGCCAUUAUUAAGCAGUCAUGUGCUGGACAGGCAUUUAUACUAACAUCAUAUUAUCAUAACUGCCUUCAUUCUCUACCGAAAUGUGAAAGUGUUGCUCCCUUGACAUUAGAGCACUAAUGCGAGCUCCCAUGGCCACAUCAGAGUGCCAAUGGUAGCUCCCAUGGCUGUGCAGCAUGUUUUCAGUGGAGACACAUUUUUGUGACCAGUAAUGAAGGGGGAGGGGUAUGAGGCUUUAAGACACAUUGACAGCAGCAGAAUUUAUGGAACACUAGUCUUCAGACUGAGUAAGCAUUUUGUAAAGAUGUAUGUAAAGAAGCACAGACAAGAUCUGUAAUUUGUACUAAAAACAUGUGGAACAGCAAGACAUCCCUGGACAGGGGUAGAAUUACAGGAUUUUUGUUUGAUUAAAUGGAAUUGCCUGGAGGAGAUGGUAGAGGCAUUACAAUUAAGUACCAUGUUUGGUUUUGGUUUUGUUUUUCUUUUUCAUAUGCGAGUUCAUCUUUCUGAAAUGUGUCCAGUAAUUAUUCCUCCUCCUCCUCUUCCAUGAACAUGGCAUAUUUCAAAUGUUGUUCGUAAUUAUAUUUGUAUGUUUUUAUCAAGAUGCUGUUUCAUUUGAAUGGUUCAAAAGAGAUUACAGUUGUGAACAAUGGAAAUGAGCCUCAAUUUCAGUUAGGUGUAAAU